AUGGAACCUGCCCUUCUCAGUUCCAAUACUAAUGCCACCACCUUCUCCAAUGGAAACUGCCCAGGUGACUUUGAUAUCAUUACCUGGUUCGAGGACGUGUCCAAGAACGCUGCUUCUGUUCAGACUCAGACACUAUGCAGGAUUCUGAAGCAGAACUGUGGGGUUGAAUAUUUGAAGAAAUGGUUGGGCGGCUACAAUGUCUCAGACAUGGAUGCUUGUGCGUUGGAAUCUCUUUUCACUUCUCUUGUUCCCCUUGCUUCGCAUGCAGAUUUCGAGCCAUAUAUCCAAAAAAUUGCAGAUGGAGACACAGCUCCUAUACUCACUCAACAACCUAUAACCACUCUUUCCUUAAGUUCUGGAACCACAGAGGGGAGGCAGAAGUUUGUACCCUUUACCCGCCAUAGUGCUCAGACGACCCUUCAAACUUUCACUUUAGCAGCAGCCUAUAGAUCAAGGGUUUAUCCCACAAGGGAAGGAGGCAGGAUUCUUGAAUUCAUAUACAGCAGCAGCCAGUUCAAAACAAAAGGAGGCUUAACAGUUGGAACAGCCACAACACACUACUAUGCAAGUGAGGAAUUCAAAACCAAACAAAAGGAAACAAAGGCAUUCACUUGCAGUCCAUACGAAGUUAUAUCCGCAGAGGACCACGAACAAUCCACGUACUGUCACCUCCUUCUUGGUCUCUUCCUCUCUGAUCACGUAGAGUUUAUUUCCGCGGCUUUUGUCUAUGGCAUAGUGCAAGCUUUUUGCACUUUCGAAGAGGUUUGGAAAGACCUUUGCAAUGACGUAAGAGAUGGCACUUUGAGCUCAAGAAUAAAGUUACCCAAAAUGAGAGAGGCUGUUUUGGGUAUCAUCUCUUCGAACCCCUCUUUGGCCUCAAAACUAGAAGCCGCUUGCUUGGAGCUAGAAGUGGUGGAUUGGUUUGGUUUGGUUCCCAAACUUUGGCCAAAUGCCAAGUACAUUUGUUCCAUAAUGACAGGUUCUAUGCAACCUUACUUGAAAAAGCUUAGGCAUUAUGCAAAUGGUGUGCCACUAAUAAGUGGUGACUAUGGUUCAACUGAGAGCUGGAUAGGGGUUAAUGUGGAUCCUAGUUUGGCUCCAGAGAAAGUAACCUUUGCUGUAGUGCCCACGUUCUCUUACUUUGAGUUCAUACCACUUUAUAGACAGAAACAAGAUUGCAGCUUGGUAGCUGAUCAUGAUUUCAUGGAAGAUGAGCCAAUCCCACUUUCCCAAGUUAAAGUUGGCCAAGAGUACGAAAUAGUGCUCACAACUUUUACUGGGUUGUAUAGGUGCAGACUAGGAGAUGUGGUGGAAGUGGGAGGUUUUCACAAUGGGACCCCGAAGUUGAAUUUUUUAUGCAGAAGAAAACUGAUUCUAACAGUGAAUAUAGACAAGAACACAGAGAGAGACCUUCAAAUGGUGGUAGAGAAAGGGUCACAGCUGCUAAACAAGGUCAAAGCUGAGGUUGUUGAUUUUACAAGCUAUGCAGAUGUCUCAAACGAACCAGGUUGUUACGUCAUUUUCUGGGAGGUGAAAGGUAAGGCUGAUGAUAAGGUACUUGAGACAUGCUGCAGGGAAAUGGAUGCAGCUUUUGUCGACCAUGGCUAUGUGGUUGCAAGGAAAACCAGUUCAAUAGGGCCUUUGAGACUUUGCAUUGUGGAGAGAGGAACUUUCAAAAAGAUUUUGGAUUAUUUCGUGGAGAUUGGGGCAGCACUGGGCCAGUUCAAGACCCCUAGGUGCACUAACAACCCUGUCCUCCUCAAGAUUCUUAAUGCAUGCACCAUUAAAACAUUUCACAGCACUGCUUAUAGUUCAAUCCACUCAUGA